AUCCCUAUCGCCAGCCGCUGGUAAUGUUUGACCGCCUCCUUCCUGGUUGUUAGUUGCGAGGCUGCCUACCCAGGCGGCGAGUUGUUGUGGACGCUGGAGAUCGUGCGCGCAAAACGAAGGUGGGCCGGGGAGUGUUGUAGCGGGAUCCCGUCUCGGGGCAGCUGGCGCCUGUUCCCUCAGCUUUUUAUUUUUUCCGUCUUCUUUUUCGCUUGAAACGACAAAGAGGACAUGUUGCUAUGAGGAAAGACGUCAGAGAUGACUGAUGUUGAGCCUGUAGUCACAGAUUUUGCUGCAUCAGGACGGGCAGGGCGCCGAAAUGCCUUACCAGACAUUCUGGGUUCUUCUGCUGGAGCUGGGACAUCAGAACUGCCACACAAAUUAGCAGAACUCUCAAUGUCAGAAGGAGCUGAAGGAGGAGAAGCGUCAUCCUCUGAUGCCACUAUGGAAAACCAAGAGAUGGAAGGAAAAACAAUGAAUUCCUAAUGUUUAUAAAAUGUUCGGUUUGGGUGAUUACCUACGAACUUCACUGCCAGAGUGUCCAAGACUCUGAAAUAUGUAAUAUUUGUAACUGGCUAAUAUGAAUAUGGCACAUUGAAAAAUUAGUUAUGUUUUCAAAUUCAUCAAGAAGCAAUUUAUUUAUUUACAAAUCAUAGCCAGUAUCUGCAGAAAAAAAAAGAGAAUUGUUUUCAGUCAUUUAACAAAUGAAGUCCAAUGUAAUCAGUUGAUUAUUGCAAAUAACCAAAUACAACCACAAACAUCAUUAAUAACUUGGAGUCUUUUCUGAUAAUAAAAUGUAGAUAUCA